GAUUCACAAAGGGUUCGGUCAGGCACACUGCCAGCGCAAAGCUGGAUGUGGCUCUCCUGCCGGAUCCCAUCACCAUGUCAAUAGACCCUCUGAUUGCGGACUGUUCUGGAGGAAGUACCACCCCAGUACAGGUGGCUGUUAAUGCAACCAUUCCACCAAUCACAGGGGACUAUGACUUUAUGUGGUUUUACAACGAAAGAGGUGUGACUUCAUUGAGCAAAGCAACUUCAGAGCUACUGCGGCACACCGUGACAGUUAAUUGUAAAACAACAGAAAAUAAGGUGAAAAUCACUUUCAAAAAUAAGAACAACCAAAAUGUUACUGCAAGUAUAGACAUCCCAGUGCUAAAAGCCGGCGACCCAUUUUGCAAACAGGAACAAAUUGAAGACUUUCUUUGGCCGAAAACCCCUUCAGGUGUGACAGUUGUCACCACCAUAUGCCCACCUGGGAGGGUCGGGGAACGACAACGCUCAUGUGGAAACAGUAGCCAGUGGUUGAAUGUUCUGUCCAGCUGUGUCAGCGAGGAGUUAAAAAAAGUCUCAAAUGCAGCCGACAACUUUCUUCAGGGAGUUGGGGCCACCCAGGAAGUGGCUUUGGACAUAUUUGAAGGGAUGAAGAACAAUUCCAAUUUGGAAAAUUCAACUGAUGGUAUUGCCGACAUCAGAGCUUCUGUGAAUAUAAUUGACACAAUGGCCCAGGCAACAAAAUACAUUAAUUUGACCGAGGACGUCUUCCCUAAUUUUGUGACUUCAGCAAGCAAUAUAUUGAAUUCAAACUGGACGGGAGUCAACGAUACCAUCCUUCACGAAAUGUCAUCAAAGUACAUUAAUUCUACGGAAGUUUUGGUGCAAAAGAUCCAGAUCAAUACAAGCAGUGGAUUCAACAGCACCAACUUGGAGCUCAGUUUCUGCUCAAGAGAUGACUGCAAUUUGACCGUCUUUGACAUCGGUGUGAAUCUCAACAAAACAAAUGGACUGAUGAAAGUCAUGGCCAUAAAAAAUCUCAUGGACAAAUUGGAAAACAAUUACGAAAAUACGGAACGCACCGGCCUCAUCCUGUCAGCCACUCUGGUGAACAACACCGAUUCUAACAUCACCAUCUCCAUGUUGUUUCCUGCUCAGCAAGACAACAACAACGGACCUACGUGUGUUUUCUGGAACACAACGACGAAGAAGUGGUCAGAUGAAGGAUGUAUCGCAAAUAAGACGGAGAACUACACACUUUGUGUGUGCACCCACCUGACUUCGUUUUCUGUCCUCAUGUCCAAAUCUGACAUAUCAGAGCCUGCCUUGGACAUAAUAACCAUUAUAGGAGUUGCGGUUUCCAUUUGCUGCCUGGUCCUCUUCCUCAUAAUUGAGUGGAUGGUGUGGUCAGCUGUCAUCAAGACCCACCUGUCCCAUUUCCGUCACACAGCUGUGGUGAACAUAUCUGUGUUCCUCCUCCUUGCUGAUUGCAGCUUUUUGGCCUCUUCUAACCCCACCAGCAUCUCUGAAACCAUGUGUCUGUCUCUCACGUUGUGCAAACAUCUAUUCCUGUUAGCCAUGUUUGCCUGGAUGUUGUGCCUCAGUAUCCUGCUAGUCCACCAGCUUAUUUUUGUUUUCAGUCCACUUAGAAAAAGGGUUUUCAUGUAUCUUUCAAGCAUUCUUGGCUAUCUGUGCCCAAUGGUUCUUGUAGGCUGCAGCUAUGUCUACUACAAUUACACGGAAACGCCCUACCAUAACAAGAAGACCUGCUGGCUGAUCUAUGAGGGGCUCUUGAAGGGCUCCAUUUACUCAUUUAUCCUCCCAGUGGGAACCAUCGUGUUGGGAAACCUCUUUUCUAUGGUGGUUGUCAUUAUUACUUUGGUGAAAACUUCCGUACCUGAUGGGACCAAAGUGGAUGAAAAGGAGACAGCGAAAGGCAUCCUCAAAGUGGUGGUCCUUCUGACGCCUGUCUUUGGAUUAACAUGGGGUAUUGGCUUCUUUCUACUGAUGGUGGAUUUAACCAGUCCUAUUUAUCCAUUUCUUAACUACAGCUUUACCAUCUUCAACGCCUUCCAGGGGCUCUUCAUUUUUAUAGUUGGGUGCUUUGGAGAGCAAAAGGUCAGAGAGGAACUGUUGAGGAUCCUAAAGCUAAAGUCUGGACAGAACGACAGUUUAAGUAAAUCAACUUCAACUGCUGUCACAAAGGCCAAAUGAAGACCACCAAGAACGAAUCAGCAUCGGUCUGUGGAGCACAGAAAGCAACACUCAUUCAAAUAUGUAGAUUGUGGUUUUAAAAACAGGGAUAAACUUUAAUUUAAGGUUAAUAAAUAGAACAACAACGUUUAUGGACUGAGUUAAUGUUAUGUUCAGAACAUUUGUGGGUCCGAGUCAUAAAAUGUUGGCUUUGUAAGUUAUAGUGAAAAUUCUGUAUGUUUGUGUUAUUUGAUAGAUACUAUGAAUUGUAUACAAAGUUUAUAGUUCUGUAUUUAACUUAUUAUAUAGUGAAAUAAAGUCCUGUAGACAAAUGU